AUGGCCGAACCACUGUCCACAAAUGUGACGAUUGAACCAUGCCUUGAACCGAGUGUUUAUGAAUAUUCACUCGAUGGUGAAAAAGUGAAGUCAACUCAAUCCAUGUCGGAUCAUUUUACAAAAAUUCUCAGUCGUAUGGAAUUGAAAGAUUUACAUUCCGAAGAUACAGUAGUUGAAAGUUCAAACGAAGAAGAACGUCGCAUAGCGAAUGGAGCAAAAAAUACAUUCGGAACAUUUUUCGAACAAAUGAGACAAGCCAAUAUUGAAGUAUGUGCAUUAUAUGAUAUUCUGUCGUUAGUUAUGAGUCGUCGUUAUUUUAAUCUAUCGGCAAACGUUGCUGAUAUGGAUGAAAAUUUAAAUACAGCUAAUCCACGACAACGGGAAUUACUAACGCGACAAAAUCAAGACAUACUACGAAAAUCUUGGGUAUCGAAACGUACAAGUGCACGACAAGCGGCCGAUGUUUUAUUAUCAUCCUACGAACGUUUUAUGAAAAUUAUUAAUACAACAAGUGGAAAUCUAGAAAAUUUUCAUGCACAAUUAUCGAAUUUACGACAACGUUGGAAAAUACGAAAACAAGCCAAUACAAACAAGUAUCUAGGAGAUUUAUCAUUUCGAUCAGCCGGUUCAUUUUAUCCGUAUAAAAUGCAAUUUGAAGUCACAAAAGCUGAUAGUCAUAAACGAACACACACGAAUUCCAUUGAUGUUAUUAUACCGGAAGAAUUACAAGUUCGUGUUAUAUUAAAAAUCGAAAUUGAAACGAAGGAUGGAGAAAUUCUACUGCGAACAUAUUCAACCAUGAUGGCGAAUGAUACAAUUAUGAAUACAAAUGAUAAUAGUUAUGAUUCAAUAUUAGAAAAUGCACAACGAACGGUGUUUUUAAAAGAACUCUUCUCACAACUCUGUCGUGAAGCAUCGGAUAUAACGAAUAUAAUUCAACCAGCAGUCAUGAGAAAUUCAAUUCAAUGUUGGAUUCUUUCCGAUGUGCUCAUGACAAUUAGUCUUCUACGUGCUAGUGAAUUCGAUGCAAGCACUCAAAAUGAACAAACUCUAUGCGGUGCAAAUAUUGGCUUAUUAGAAUAUUCUUUAUGUGCUCUGUUACGUCAACAAUUUCUUCGCAAUUUCCAUUAUUCACAAUUAAAGCCUAGCACACUUAUGUUAGGCGUACCUGCAUUAAGGCGUAUUGCUGGUGUCAAUGCUUUUAACUAUAAUCAAUUAAAAUCUAUCAGUGAAAAUAAAUCAAUUUUACAAACAAUUAUUGACCUCUCUCAACAUCAAGUCGUACGAGCUAGGAUUUUAAAUGUAUUAAAUAACUUAGCAACAACUUGUGAUAUAAAUAUGACUGUAAACAUCAGUGCAUUCAGUUCCACAACAUCGACUUUUGGACGUGUUCAUAUUAUAGUACCGGGCUAUGAUCUAUUGUGCCGUUGGUCCUAUAUGUUCCAAAUUGAAGAAUGUCAAGUUAAAAUUCAAUAUAAAUCUCAUUUAAUUGAAUUUCAGCAUCAUAUUGAAGAAGUUCAAAGAUUUUUUAUUAACCAACUAGCUUGUUUUAAGUUUACAACAGCUUGUACAUUAGCAAAAAUCUUUGGCUGGUCUAUUGUUGGUAGUACAAUGGCACCAACUGUUGGUAGACUAACGGAAAUUCAAUUUAGUGCUCAACUUGAUCAUUCUAAUAUAUCAACAUCAGUUGGAAUACGUAUUGGUGAUGAUUUACAAUUACAAGUAGCUGUAAGGAAACGUCGAGAACAAAAUGAUGAUACGCUUAUGGAUGAUGGUUCCAAUGAACGAAUAGGAGCAUCCAAAGGAAUCAAAUAUGAUCCUAUUAAUUUAGAUGAUUAUUGUGGAACAUCAACAUUACAAAAAUUCGAAAUGUUUAUAUCGGGCUUAUUACAUCAAGAGAAAUAG